ACUUAAUUAUUUGCAGAGCUUGCCAUGGGGUGCGGACUGAGAAAGCUGGAAGACCCAGAUGAUAGCAGCCCUGGAAAAAUCUUUUCUACAUUGAAGAGACCACAAGUUGAAACAAAGACGGAUUCUGCUUAUGAAUACGUAUUGCUGGAUUUUACCCUAGAAGCUUCCUCAAAUCCAGAAGUCAUCAAGAUCAGUUCUGUGCUGGAUAUAGCAUCUAAGGUGGAAGAAUACUACAAUUUAGGAUAUGUUGUAGGAGCCGUUCAUCCCGUUAUCCUGCCAAUUGGACGCAGAAGGCAUUUCCCUGCAAGUCAUAUGUAUCGAGUGGUACUUUCGCGAUUAAAAUUAAGCCCGAAGCAGGCAGCACCCAGAGGACAAAGGCACCCCCGGCUGCUCAUUGAGGAAUGUCCCCUCGCGCCCGAACCGCUCACAAAUGAGGCAGUGAAGGAGCUGUUGGAAAAGGUUAAUGAAGCUGGUAAAAAAGGAAAGAAGUUUGUGGGAUUUAUAACGCAACAUUUUCCUCAACCUAAAGCUUGUAAUGGAACAAACACGGAUGGAAAUGCAGAGCUGGAAUCGACGCUGGGCAGAAGAAACAGGGAACAUAGAAGAAAAAAUUCUGAUGAAAACUAUAAAAACUGGAAUGAGGGGACACUGAGUGGUCAGUCAUUUGAAAGUGGGAUAGAAGAGGAAAUGCAAGCAGAAAGUGGAUUUUCACAGGAUGCAGAUGUCCAGUUUGGAAAAGAAGGCAGCCCUUUUAAACCACGAAAAGGAGACGAUAAGCUAUAUACAGUCUUCAAUGUUUUCGAUGAUGAUUCUACCUGCUGGACAUACCAUGAGGGCAUUUUGUCUAUGAAAGUGACACGAAAGGGGUCUGUUGUCAGUACCCUGGAGGCAGACUGGCUGGAACUAACCACAUUUUAUUAUAAACAAGGAUUGUCCUUAAUUGAUUCUUUUGUGCACUGGGAAACUUCGAAAGGGGACCACUUGCCCAGGUCUUUAGAAGGAUUAUUCGUCUAUGAAGAAGAAGGGUCUGGAGUUCCAGGCUCUAACAGGAAAGGCAAUGACGCGAUCGUUGUUGAACAGUGGACAGUCAUUGAGGGAUGUGAAAUUAAAACAGAUUAUGGACCAUUAUUGCACACGCUGGCUGAGUUUGGAUGGCUUCUGACCUGUGUCCUGCCUACACCUAUCGUACGACAUGACAGUGAAGGCAAUCUGGCCACAAAGCAAGUUGUUUUCCUUCAGAGACCUGUCAUGUGGCAUUCAGCAGUCCAGACACCAGAGAAGAAAUCCUUAAGGCAGGUUAUCAGGGAGGAAAAAGGCAAAAUCUCUAGCAGAAGCGUUGGAUUAGACACAGCUACUUCUCACCCUGUAGAAAUGGGACAAGCACCUGAUGAGUUUCACCUAUCUCCUUCUAAACAAUGCUGGAUCAAGGAGGAAUCUUCCCAGUUUGGAGGCUUUCCAGGAUUCAGUAGCAGUGAUGGAGUCCUAAGGGAAAUAGAUGAUGGACAAUUUGACCAGGAAGAUGGAGUCACUCAGGUCACAUGUAUGUGAU